UGAUACAUGUCCAAAAUUCAACCAAGUGAAGUACACCGUUCGAUGGAGCCGGGAACUCGGGAUCGACCUCCGUCACUGGUCGCACGACGACAGCGCCGCUGGACUUAUUUCCCCCACCGUAGCCUCGGACGUUCUGUCCGCCGUACUCGGCUGUGUUCGGAGGUCGGAGGAGCGACAGUAAACAGCUGGCGACGCUUUGCGUCAGUACGAUACGCAAAACGGGACUGUGCGGAGCAGGUCCGCCCGUCGUCCCCCUCCCCUUUUCCCUUCCAUCCAAUUAUAUCCUGGCGAGAUCCCCGACCGACACAUUUCUCGGCCGCUGUCCAAGCCGAAGCCUUCGUCGAAUUACACCGACGCAGAAUAAUCCCGACAUUUCCGCGCCGUUAACCAUCGACGAGGAGACGUCGAAACGAGCGAGCGUCAUUGCCGUGGAAAAGCAGCGGGGAAAGCGGAAUCUCUUUGUUCGGCGCGACCGCUCUGCGCAUAGACUGACAGUGCGUACGGCGCAGCAUUGUUUGUAUUGUGUCGCGCGGUUGGUUCACUUCGGUCGCGUCCUCCCGUCGAUCCCCUUUACACGAAGACGGACCGGGCUCCCGACGGCGUCGUCCAGCGAUAAAUUAGUGCGGGGAUCACUUGUGGAGGGACAUCUAACUGACGAACGGUGACCGUGUCGCUGAUGAACGACGGUGUCGCUCGAAUCGAGAAGCGAGCGAACGAGAGAGCGACGGAGAGCGAGAGAGCAGCGCGGCGGCGACGGACGCGGUGGCGUAACGCGGUGCGCGAGUGCUUUGUUUUGCCGAGCAGCUGAUCCGACGCGACGGCGAGUUACUGCGAGUUACGCUUAACGACGGUACGUGCGACACGCGCGUCGACGUUUUGUCAUCGGCGCGCACGACGCCGGGGAUAAACGCGACCACCACCCUCGACGAGGCGUCCACCUUCGGCGGAUCAACCUUCCGACGACGUCGUCGAAACGGUCGGGAAUCGUGAUUAGCCCUCGUUUGGGAAUCGAUUGCCAACGACGACGCUUCGCAAGACGGAUUUUUUUCUUCAAGUCUGUGACGUAAUCCGACGCUCCGUGAGGGUGCCGUGAGAAACUAAAUUGAUAAUUGAUCUAGCGAUCGGACGCUUUGCAGGAGGGAGGAGAAGAUAGUGAUGGUAAACGUGACGAAAGGAUUCAAAUUCCUGCUAAACGGAGUGUAAUAAAGUCGAGUGCUCGAAUCUUCGGCGCUGGUCAGUCGCUGGACACACUCGCUGGAACACGCUGAGCUCGAUGACGUGAAUCGUGCGUACGGGGGAUUGCUGUGUACCGCAGGGAGAUUAUGACAUUAGGGCAACCGGUGUUACUCGUCGGAUCCCCCACAGGGCAGAAGCGGGAGUGAAUUUUCUGUUUUUUUUCAAGCGGGUGAACGUGGAUUGCUCUCGAGGAUUGCGCGAGGAGCGAAAACGUGUUUGGUCCCGAGCGACCUUUGAAGAACAAAGGAAACGGACUCCACUGGAAGACGACACGAAGACACUGGUUGACUGGAUUUGAGUUUCUCUUUCGACGAUCCGAAACCGAAGAAUCCCCGCCCACUUCGAAGCGAUCGGGCUCUCGCGCGCGAGAGAGAGAUAUCUGGAUGAUACUCUGCAACGCGGCGCGAUUCUCAGUGGCUUUGUCUCAGAAUCGACGGCGAGGAUCGCAUUGAUCGAUGCGGCAUAGUCUUGACGGGGCCGUCCUCGCGAACGAUCGAGAACGUGGGGUACGGCCCCGAUCGAGCUGACUAAGGGAACCGUCCAAACCGAGGGCCAAUCCUGCUGCUAAUAGGGCCCACGGUGGAGGAAGACAUCCGUGACGGGGCUGUUUUAGCAAUUUCUACUCUUGUGUCGCUCUAAGGAGUCUAUCCACGAGACGCAACAUGCUGUACAUCUUCCACGUUGACACCGGCACCACCAUCACCUUCGACAUCAAGCUGGCACUGCAAAGUGUCAGUCAGCUGAUGGAGGCGAUCGAGAGGGAAUGCGGUGUGGUAGCGGCGCAUCAGGUGCUGCUUAUGAGCGGAGGCGAAUGCUUGGAACCAAAUGCACGUGUGUGCUCUUACUCGGCUGGAACCGACACAAAUCCGAUUUAUCUGUUCAGCAAGGCCGCCAUUGAAAGCAGCCUGCCGCCCACACCGAGUAUAGAUUACGGUUCCG